AUGGGUGUUAAAGGUGGUUGGGAUUUAUUAAAUCCAGCAGACUCUAUGUCGUUAGUUGAAUGGUCUGCUCAAAACAUUUCGACCGGUACGCUUCACAACUCGGGCCCAUGCAUAGGUGUCGAUGCCAGCGGAUGGAUGUUUGCUGCAAAGUACCAUUAUGGACAAACGAAGAGUCCAGCGCAAGCAUCAUUGUUCAAGUGUUUGGGAUGCCUUUUUCACCUUCCAGUGUCGCCCAUAUUUGUUUUUGACGGUCCAAAGUGUCCUCUGAAUAAGUGUAAAAAGAAUAUAACCAAGACAAGCGACUGGUUAACUGCGGACUUCAAGCGACUGCUCGAAGGAUUUGGGUUCCCCUAUUGGGAUGCUCCUGGUGAAGCUGAGGCUGAGCUAGCACUGCUCUCAAACAAUGACCGGAUCAAUGUCGUGAUGUCGGAAGACUUCGAUACAAUGGUAUUUGGUGCUCAACGAGUGAUUACUGAUGAAAGUGACUCCAAGUACAUGAUUAAAGUAUAUGAAAAGGGGGCACAAUUUUCUCCAAAUGAGCUCAUAAUGAUUGCAUUACUUGCAGGAGGAGAUUAUGAUGAUGGGAUUCAAGGGUGUGGAAUCCAGACUGCUGUUGACAUCACCCUAACCGGCAUCGGUGAACGACUCUUUGAGGCCCUCAAAGCAUCUACGGUUGAAAAUUACCCCACUAUUGCUUCCAUGUGGUGCCAGGACCUCUAUGCAAUGUUGGACUCCCAAGGAGCUGGCCGUCUUCAUUCCCGACGUCAUGCACUGGCUUCGCACAUCCCUCUGGAUUUUCCAAAAGUUUCAGUCCUGAUCCAAUAUAUUCAACCAUUGACAUCACAGUCAACUGGCUCGUUCACUCUACCUGCUGCUCCAGUACCAUGCCCACCCGACAUUCCCAAACUUGCAUGGCUAUGCAAGGAAUUAUUCAUCUGGGGACAUUUGAUGGGUAUUGUCCAGAAUUUUUGCGAUCAUGUUUUUCCAGGACUGGCAAUCCGUGAGCUGCUUCAGGACUUGCAUAAGCGACGAGGUGUUAUGCAGGAGAGUGAUAUGUCAUUGUCCUCUUCUGCUAUCAUUUCCAAAGUUUGUUCCAUCCAUGCAAAUCAACGUGAACGAUCAGACUCCGAGAUUUUCAUCUCCCUUGUCAUUCCCCAUGCAGUUAUCACUCAGAUCACUUCAUCAAUUGAUGGGGUAUACAACACUGAUAUCACCCAGAACUCCCUUGAGCAGUGGCUAGAGAAAUGCGAAGCUCGCGUAUGGCUUUCCCAUGUACUAGCACUCCAUGCACGGCCAAACAUCUUAGAUGAUGUGGAGCAUCCAACAUCCAACACUGCGAAGAAACAUAAACAUCAAAACUCAUGCAACAAAGAAAAGGGAAGAAGAAUAGAAAUGCCAGGGCCGACAUUGCCACCACAGCAGUCUAAACGGGUGGAUACUAAAGUCAGAGAAGAGAGCGAACACUGGCGAGAAACUCCCGCAGGACAACGAGCUCGCUCUGUUGAGGUUAUCAAUAUCUCUAGCGAUGAGGAUGAGAGGGCGACAGGUAAGAAUUGCCGAGUUGAUGUCUUGGAAAUGAGUAACCUCAAGCUAUCUUCUAGAAAUAUUCACUAUCUGGAAUCUGGGGAGAUCUUAGAGCUUUGUACAGAUGAUGAAGGCACUUAA